UUGCACGGACCGCGUGCACUGCGCCUUGUGCUCACGGACGCGCGUGCACCCUUGACGAGCCAUGCCGCAGUUUAUUGCCCUCUCCGCAGCUGCGAGGCACUGGGUUCUGCGAAGGAAGCUGCUCUGCGCGUCCGCGUGUUUGCGACACCGAGCCGCCAUGUCGACGCUGCUCAUCAACCAGCCCACGUAUGCGUGGCUCAGGGAGCUCGGGCUGCGCGAGGAGAACGACGGCGUGUACAACGGGACGUGGGGGGGCCGAGGGGAGGUGGUCACUUCAUACUGUCCGGCCAACAACGAGCCCAUCGCCAGGGUGCGGCAGGCGACCACGAAGGACUAUGAGGAAACGGUGAAGAAAGCCAAAGAGGCUUGGAAAAUCUGGGCAGAUAUUCCAGCACCAAAGAGAGGGGAGAUUGUGAGGCAGAUUGGUGAUGCACUGAGAAGGAAGAUUAAAGUUCUGGGCAGUUUGGUGUCCCUGGAGAUGGGAAAGAUCUACGUGGAGGGAGUGGGGGAAGUGCAGGAGUAUGUGGACGUGUGUGAUUACGCCGUGGGCCUGUCGCGAAUGAUCGGCGGACCUGUCCUGCCCUCUGAGCGGCCGGGGCAUGCUCUGAUCGAGCAAUGGAACCCAGUUGGACUGGUUGGCAUCAUCACGGCCUUCAACUUCCCUGUGGCUGUGUACGGCUGGAACAACGCCAUUGCGCUCAUUUGUGGCAAUGUCUGCCUUUGGAAAGGAGCACCCACCACUCCUCUGACCAGUGUAGCUGUAACAAAGAUAGUGGCAGAGGUCCUAGAACAAAACAACCUUCCAGGUGCAAUCUGCUCCAUGACAUGUGGGGGUGCUGAGAUCGGGAGUGCGCUGGCGAAGGAUGAGCGUGUUGACUUGGUCUCCUUCACUGGCAGCACUCAUGUUGGAAAGCUGGUGUCUCUCAUGGUGCAGGAGCGGUUUGGCCGUCAGCUGCUGGAGCUUGGUGGAAACAACGCCAUUGUAGUAUUUGAAGAUGCUGACCUCAACCUUGUGGUUCCAUCCACUGUCUUUGCUGCUGUGGGAACUGCAGGACAACGUUGCACAACCACACGGAGACUGAUGCUGCAUGAGAGCAUUCAUGAUGACGUUGUGGAGCGACUAUCCAAAGCAUACAAACAAAUCCGUAUUGGUGACCCCUGGGACUCAAACACCCUGUAUGGACCAUUGCACACCAAGGAGGCUGUGGAGCAGUACAAGGCAGCCAUUGAGCAGGCCAAACAGCAGGGCGGUACCAUAGUGUGUGGGGGCAAGGUGAUGGAUCGUCCUGGAAAUUACGUGGAACCCACCAUUAUCACAGGCCUGGCACAUGAUGCCCCCAUCGUUCACAAAGAGACCUUUGUGCCCAUUCUAUAUGUACUAAAGUUCAAGACAGAAGAGGAGGCCUUUUCAUGGAACAAUGAGGUCAAGCAGGGGCUGUCCAGCAGCAUCUUCACCAAGGACAUGGGGCGGGUAUUCCGCUGGCUUGGUCCCAAAGGUUCUGACUGUGGCAUCGUGAACGUCAACAUCCCGACCAGUGGAGCUGAGAUUGGGGGGGCUUUUGGAGGGGAGAAGCACACCGGUGGAGGGAGGGAGUCAGGGAGUGACUCCUGGAAACAGUACAUGAGGAGAUCCACAUGCACUAUCAACUACAGCAAGGACUUGCCGCUUGCCCAAGGUAUCAAGUUUGAGUGAAGAAAUAGACCUGUAUUUUCCAGUCAGCAAGCGCAGCAGAGCCCAUAGAACACUAAUGAUGGUGACUUGCCACUCACCAGUUAACUUGAAAAUGCUUCACUUUGAUAUUGGGGAAAACUAGAAGCAUUCAAAACAAACACCUUUCUUUAUGUCAGUAAACUUUCAGUCUGAAUGAUGCAGUUUCUGAUAAUGCAUCAUUUCUUUAGUGACUUUUGGUCCUGAAUGUGGCAUGUUUCUGUAUACUUGACUGCAGCCUAGCACAUAUGAAAUGAACACACAAGCUUAAUUGUUGCAACAUUGGCAGAAUUCAAAUUAUCAUUUACAUCAAUUCUUUGUAAUGGAACUUUAUAUAAAAAAAAGUUAAGAUUUGAUUUCUUAUUGGCAUAAGAGACAGCUUGUUCAUCAGAAGUUGUUUAAAAAAAAAAAAAUUGACUAAACUGAUCUCUAUUCAAGGGAAGUGUGGUAGCUGAAAUUUUUCAAAAACCAAAUGUGCUUAAUGUAACACAAAGUUUCUGGAUUAUAUAUAAAAUCCUUACGGGGGGAGGGGGGCACGGUGGCACAGCAGGCUUGGCUGGGUCCUGCUCUCUGUCAGGGCUGGGG